AUGUCACACUACUAUGACACGUUGGAACUAUUACAGCAGUGUAAUUCGCUAGACUCUCCUGAUCUAGUUUCCGCAGAGAUACCAUCAACAUCAACAUCAACAUCGUCAUCACUGGGGGACAAUAAAAAACGUUCAAGGUCGUCAUCAUCAGCGAGCUCCGAAUACGAGUUGCCAGAGAUUCAAUGGGACGACCAACACCAACUUCUUAGCAAUUUUGGUCAUUUUAGAGACAUGUCAAUCCAGCUGAUCUUUUUAGACCACUAUGCUAAGGAUGUGUUAAAAAAACAGCAGCAGAGCCAACAAGAGACAACAAUGGGGAGUAAUAGACCAAAGAAAUAUAAGAAGCACAUAAUAGGAGGUAAUGGUCAGCAGAAUAGUUACUAUGGUCUGGGAGGACACCAGGCUCUGACAGCGGCGGCUGCAGCAGCAGCAGGAGCAGCAUCGAUGUCAUUGUACAUUCCGUAUAGCCUGGAGACCAUGGCAAGUCAUCUCAUGCUCAGUAAUUUCUCAUCCAAUGCAGAGGCUGCGAACCGUGCUGCAAAAGUAUUGGCUGAGGAGGUUAUCGCGGGUGGGGCGAAAGGAUUAAAUUUGGAGCUUUUGUUUCCUGAAAAUGAUGGGGGGAACAUGGAUGCGGAUUCAAUUGUUCAAAAGUUUGGAUCAGAUGUGGCAAUGAGAAUCAUCAAUAGGAAGGCUCGUUUAGCAGAAGAGGCCCGCCAAAAGGAGUAUCUUGAAAAGCAGAAGGAGGAGAUGCGGAAAAACCAAGCGAAUAAUGAUGAAAAGAAGAUAGCUAAUGAGACAAGCAACGAGGAAGCCAACAUACAAAAUAAACAACCACAACCUCAACCACAACAAUACCAGCAGAAAUCAAUACAAAAACAAAAAGUCCAACAAGGACCAAAGAGUGUUAUUCCAUUGAGUAAUAAUGCUAUGAACACGCCAAUUGUUCCUAACAACCCUUUUGUGAUUCCCACCAAUCCGGGAUUGGCGGGAAACUCGUCAAUGGUGUUGGAAAAUGGAUUUACUGUGCAAAAUUAUACCGAUGCCUUGACUCAAUUAUUAAAGAACAAGGACUUGAAUUUGCCACAAUUGACCCCGGCGCAAAUUGAAACCAUUGCCAGACUGCCAACCUUUCAGAAUAAUAAAGUGAUUACCGAUUUGAUCAGACAUACAAUGAAGUUGAGUGGUAACAAGAGCUGA